AUCAUUGUACCGUUCGCUUCUUUAGUCGUUUCAUUUCGCUGUUGAGUGGAGGUUGCGCGCUGUCUUCAUUUAAAAUAAUAAGCAGACAACGAACUCUCGCGAUCCAUCGAAGUUUGUUCCAAUUUUAGUUGCACAUUUUAUUUGCUUUUUAUAUGAGUGCAGCAGCAUUAUGAGUUUAACGGACGCAGAAAUUAUGGCCACAAGUACUACCACCAACAACAACAACGGCUGGCAAACGGCUGACGAUCGUGGCGAUAUGGAAAAGGUUUUGGCCAUGGCUGUCCUUGGUCUUGGCAGUCUCUUGUCUGGAAUGCUACCCGCCAUUAUAUCCGAACGUAAUCGCCAAAGGUUUCCGCUAACAACAUCGCUGCUGCUAUGUUUCGGCGCUGGCAUUUUGCUGGCCACAGCGCUUGUGCAUAUUUUGCCAGAGGUGCGCGAGCAAAUGAACUCGAAAUUCGCAGAGGUUUCAAUGUGCGGAGGAUUCUUUAUUAUCUAUUUUAUUGAUGAGUUUAUACAUUAUUUCUUUGGGGAGGCUAUACAACAUACACACGAACACACAAGUCCAGCAACAGGUGGCCAUCAAAAUAAUGCUUAUGGAGCAAUUGACGAACGUGCGCCGUUGCUUGCGUCCGACUCUGCGCCGUCUUCCUCUCGUCAGCAUCAUCAUCAGCAUGUUCAUAACCAUCAUCAGAACGAGAACGGUCAUGAUCGCGAUUAUGUUGCCAUUGGUGCUUCCGGUUGCAAUGAUGACAGUGUGGAGGAUGCGAAUGCCCGAAUUUGUCACACCAGCCACACAGAGCCAUGUGCACAAACUAUGACCGGCACAUUGGGCUUGUUUGUGGCGUUGUCGUUGCACUCGGCCAUCGAGGGAUUGGCGAUUGGUGUACAAAAUUCGGCCACAAAGGUGCUCUUUUUGCUUGGCGCCGUUGCGUGUCACAAGUUUGUGAUGGGCUUCUGUCUGGGUCUUGAAUUCCGCUCAAAUCCGCGCGCCAGCAUUCGUUCCCAGUUUAUUGGCAUUUGUGUGUUUGCUUUGGGUGCCGUCUGCGGCAUCGGUCUGGGUAUGCUUAUCGUCGAUGUGCCAGCCGCUUGGUCCAAAACGACACUGCCGGUAAUCCAAGCCCUGGCGGGCGGCACUCUUUUCUAUGUGACGGUCUGCGAAGUGAUUCCGCGCGAAAAAGCGCGUUGGCAUAGUAAUGCGGAGCGUCGCUGGGCGGGAUUUGCGCAGUUUGCAAUUGUAUUUUUUGGCUUUGCCACGAUGUGUGUCAUAAAUUAUUAUCUCGCUGAUGACUAAGAAUCUCCGCAGGCGUUGCAAAUUAGUAUUUAAGCACAAUUGUUUUAAUUUUUACUGUGUUGUUAGAAUUGUUAAGUGAUGCGAUUUGUAUAUUGGAAAUUGUUUUUAACUUUCUGUAAACUAUGUGAUCAUGAGCUAAUAUAAAAUAUAAAACUACAGUCAAGUUUUGUAUGUAUGUAUGUGGAGCAAUCAGUCUUGCAGUUGCAUAUAAGUUUUACAUUGUAAAUAUUUAUUUACGUCUCCUGCCUGUAACUCACAAAUCGACUUCGUCAUACUCAAAGACCCUUUUUUUUCAAAAGUAAAAUAAAUCAAACAAAUCUUUUUUUAUAUCUA